UCAAUUUGCAGAACUUUGAAGAAAUUUCUGAACAAACUCCAAAAUUGCUGUACUUGUAGAAUGACGCAGGGCAUUGAGAAGAUUCCUGAUUCUUUGGGCUACCUGGUCUUGAACGAUGACGGAGCUGUGAUCAGUUCAGGUGGUGAUCUAGAUAAUGCUGAGAAGUUAGCAGAUACGAUUAUGAACCUGGUGCAGACAGCCGGUAAAAUUCCAACUGGUGAGAAACCCAACACAGCUUUCAAAAGACUCUCAGUAUUAUGGGAGGAGUUUAUGUACAUCAUCACAGUAUCCAACCACAGAGUCUACAUUAGUAAAAGACAGAACAUUUCACAAGAGCCUGCGAUUGCAUAGCACAUCCAUAUAGAUCAAGAUA